AAUGACAGAGUUGCACCAGGCAGCUGCUGCUGGAGACUUUGAUCUAGUGGAGGAGAUUCUGAACAAGAAGAAAUGUAACCCCAAUCACAGAGACAUAGACUGGAACUACAAGACACCGCUUCACUGGGCAGCAGCCAAAGGACAGACAGAGACUGUUAGAAUUCUGGUGGAGCACGGAGCCAGAGCCUGCCUGAGAACUGAUAGUGGAUGGACACCUGCCCACUUUGCAGCCGAGGCUGGGAGACUUGGAGUGCUGCGCCUGCUCCACUCACUACACGCCCCCAUAGACAAAGAGGACUUCUCUGGUGACAAACCAGUCAGAAUAGCAGAAGUCUAUGGACAUAGUGACUGUGUUCGAUUUCUUGAAAGUGCAGAGCCAGAGUGCAGGGCCUACCGCCAGAUGGCAGUGUUAAACAGUUUUCCCUUGGACGACACGGACAAGGAAUGGGAGGAGCAGAGAAGAUAG